UUAACGAAGACCGUCAAAGGAAAUUUACUUAAUCUUACGAACGACUCGUGCUUUCAGUGCAACGAAGAAAUUUAUUUAAUUUUUUUUUCAUAAUUAAAUAAAGUAUAAAUUAAAAAAAUGCGUUUGGUGAACAAGAGUACAACAUAUUUCGUGAUCUUUUUGGUUCUGCUCGCUUGCUGCACACAGGAAUCGGAAGCUACCAGACGUGUUUUGCGCGGACGUAGAACCCUUACACGCCGCUACUUCACUGGUCUCGCCAUUCCUGGCUGGUUAUUAGCCGUCCUCAUUGGGAUUGGUGAACUUAUACUCGCUGGCGCACUUUAUUUAAUUUUAAAUCGUUUGAUACUUGCCAAAACUGUACAGGAGACGAACACUUAUACGCCAGCAAAACAACAAGAAGUUUAACUUAACGGCCAUCGAAUCUAGAAAUAAACAUAAAUACUUUUUAAAUCAUUUAAAAAAAAACUACCAAUUAACGUACAUAUAUUAUAUACAUAAGAUUUAUGCCAGACGAAAUCACCGAGAACAAAGCUGACUUAAAAAAAAUAUCCUGCAAUUGAAAAAUAGCUAUCAACCAAAAAUAUAAAAUAUUUCACUCAAAAUAUGCUUAAUUCAAAUGAUUUCAAAAAUAUGCAACACUGAUAAUAAAGAUACUAUAGAUAAUAAUAUACUGUACCAAAUAUAUACAUACAUAUGUACAAAUUUAUAGGAAUUGUAUAAUUUUAAAACCUUUUUAAUAAACGUUCUUCAAAGGUCAGAA